CUCGAAAGCCGCGGAGAGCUAUCGUCAUUUGCUUACCUGUCUGGACUGUGGCUCCACCAGGUACUAGCGGGCAGGAACGUUAAAGAUAUAAACAACAGACAAUAUCACAGGUGUGGAAGAGUGGGGAGGGUACUGCAUACCAUACCUGACGUACCAUGACGUUUACAGUCACGUGACAACGGAAUAGUCGUUUUCAAAAACUGACGUUCUAUUCUGGUAUAUGCCGCACCCAAUCAGAAGCGAGAAUAUCAGAAACAAGUGGUCGCUUGACGGUAAAAGUACGCGAAGUUAAAAAACGACUAUCUUUGUUUCUCAUAAGAUAGACUCGACAAACGAACUUUUUCGACGCUUGUAUGUGUGUUUGACUAUUUGAAAUUUAAAUGUUUACGUUAACUAUGUUGGGUACCAGCUCAGUAUUAUUUUACAUGUUGCGUGAUGAACGAGUGAAGUGCUUGAAAUGUGAUUCAGUGUAGUGAUCAGAUGUGAAGGUAAACGAGGUGCGGAGGCAACAUGAGUAAUCCGGGAGAUGGAUAGGAAAACAGUCACUAUAGGUCCGUGAUUUCAACCGACGAAGUGCACUUAUAUUACUGUAUUUAUCUUUGCUGAAUUGUUUUAAAAAGUGUUUGUGUUUACGGAAGCAGAUGAAAUGGAAUUAUUCAAGAGGAAAACAAUGUGGCGAUUCUCCAGGUUCAGGACAGGAGCUUCAAGAAGAAUGAUCAGUGGGAUAUAUUUUUUGAGUGUGGUUAUGCUUAUAGCGAUUUUUGGAGUGGCUGCUGAUAUAGACGACGAUGUCGAAACGCUAACAUUUCUUCCACAAUCAACCCAGUCGAUGGUCAUAACACCUAGACCGCCAGAGGAACAAGUGACAGAAUUAGCUGGAGGAGUGAUAGCGAACAGACAACAAAGACUAAACAAAAUCCACAGCCCUUAUCUGCUCCGGGAAGAUCUCAUUGUCGAGAAGACUGGAGAAUUAAUAAUUGAUCCGGGUGUCGAACUUAGGUUUUCGCCUAUGGUGGGGCUGACUGUUCGUGGAAUCUUUUCAGCAAAGGGUUUCCCAGAUGAUCACAUAGUUCUCACAAGUGUUGUAGAACCAAAAGAGUCUCUAACACUGUCACAACUUCGAUUAGUGGAUGGCCCAUCCAUACUAGCAGGAAGGCUGCAGAUUCUCCACAACAGUCAGUGGCGAUCAGUCUGUACAAAUUCAAGGAAUUGGACAAGAGCUGACCUAGAGACAGCAUGUAGACAGCUUGGAUUUCAAGGAGGGGCAUUGUGGGGCUGGGUUGACCGUCAGCCUGGUUUCAAACCUCGAUUGCUCUUUGAGGAACCCAAAUGCAGGGGCACAGAAACAUCUUUAUUUGAGUGUAACUGGUCAAGUAGACAACUGGGGGCAGGUGUCUGUGACUACCAUCCUGACCUUGGAAUACAGUGUUUGCCAUACCAUGUCACAUCAUCGGACAUUGUUCAGCACUGGAGAGGAGUUAAGUUUGAAGGAGCAAGUUAUGAGCGCAGUCUUACUCAGGAGAAUACCCUGUAUGUGCGCAGAUCACUCUCUGAAAUGGCUUAUGUGGAUAUUCGAUUUGGGGGUUCUGGACGUGACUACAAUGCCACAUCUGCUAUCCAUGUCGAGGGAGUUCCUCCAAAAAUGACUGGAGUUUCUGUAUUAUACUCUGCAUAUAAUGGUAUAAAUAUAACCAUGCCUGAUGCUCCUGUCACUCUGAAUCAGUGUACAUUGAAGUGGAACAGGGGGUAUGGCUUAUAUCUGAACAGUUCAUCAGACCUUGCAUAUUUGAAUGGAUGCAUGAUACAAGAAAAUGGUGCUGAUGGUAUCAGAUUUGUUCAUCAUGAUGAACUGGCAGAUGUGCAGUUUCAAAGGACCAACAUUGUUGAUUUCUGCACAUUUCCCAUAACUAACAGUCAGACAUUCCCUAUAUCUAUCACAGUGGAGCAGAACAAGUAUGCUCCAGCAGGACGAGAAUGUUCAAAGUAUUUCUAUACUCGACCUGGGCAUGUGCUUACGUUACACUUUGUAUGGAUGUGGACUGAUCGUAAUGAUAGUGCUGUGAUUGAAGUUUUUGAUGGAGCAAGCCCAACAGAACGCCAACUAGCUUCAGUCAAUAUUCGUAAUGGUACAAGACCUCAAAGUGUGGUGACUAACAGACACACUAUAUAUAUCAGGUUCAAGGCAGAAGCAAGAACACAGAUGAUUGCCUAUAUGAAACUCACUUCAGGAUACAGAAAGGCUUACGAUUUGAAUGUUACUGGAUCAACAAUAGCAGACAACAAUGGUCGGGGGAUUGCAAUAGAAAACAUGCACAGUCAGUUGCAUGUUCAUCAGAGCUCCAUAUCCAACAAUAACCAUGUUGCAGGAAUUCACAUUUCCCAGGGAGUGGGUGAUGUCAAUAUUACAGAGAGCCGCAUAUCUUUCAAUAUAGGAGACGGUGUUAAUAUUUCAUACACGGGAGGAAACAGGAAUGUUACCAGAAGUUCUAUCUCCUCCAAUAAAGGCUAUGGCAUUGCAGUUUGGAUGAAUCAUAGCUUGUAUACAGAGCACAUUGCAUUCAAUCAAACAACAGUGGUCUCAUACUCUGAAAUAUUCAAGAAUGAUGAUGUUGGAAUUUUAGUUGGAAACUUUAGUGGUAACUCAUAUGUUAACAUCACGGGAAAUAGUUUUAACAAUAGCUUGGAAAGUGCAAUUGAAAUUCUGACCUGUUGGAAACCCAAUAGUGGACUUCUGAGGUUACAGAUAGGACACAAUGACUUUAGAAAAAACAGAAAACUUGGAUUGAAAUUGAAGCCUGCACUCAAUGUUGAUGGACGUGUGGAAUAUAAUUACUUCAGUCAGCAUACUUAUGGAUGCAUACUAGUCAAGAAUCAACCAAUUGAAGAGUUUGAUAUCUUACCAACUAGAUUAGUGAUAGAGAACAAUCAGUUUGAGCUAAAUCAGGGUAUUUAUGUUGUAAAUCUUGGCCUGUCACCAUAUAGUGAAGUACAGUCUCUCUUGUUCACAAGAAAUUUUGUACGUGAUAAUCACAUUCGUGAACCAUUUGACACGAAUGAAGCCAGACCUGCAAAGUUGAUUCCACGCAGCCGUGUGGCAGCACCUGUGGUUGUAAGUUCCAGCAAUGUAGAAAUAUUCAGAAAUAUCCUUCAGAAUCUUGAAUCUGCAUAUGAAGUUGGAUCACACCUUGAAGAUCAGAGUCUGGUUAUCAACUGCACCUAUAACUGGCUUGGAUCUUCAAAAGAGGACCACAUAUUCUCCAGGAUUUUUCACAGGAAAGACCGCUACAAUCUUGCAAAGAUAGAGUACCUUCCAUUCCUGCUACAUAGUAGCAAUCCUAGUAGUACUCUCAUUAUGACAAACCCAACCUUUGUGCCACAGUUUAAUCCCACGGGCAGGAAUGUAGUUGGAGGAGAGGUGGAUGGUGUGGAGAACCUUCGACAGGGUGAAUAUGUAGUGGAAAGAGAUAUUAAUGUGAGACCAGGUGGACGCCUCACCCUUCAGCCAGGAGUUACACUCAGAUUUCCACCAGGUGUUGGUGUAAUGGUGGCUGGAAAAUUUGAGGCACGAGGUCGUGGUCCAAAUGAUAUAAGAUUUACACUCAAAGAAGAGAUAGUAGAGACACCAGAGAAUGACACAGCAGUUGUGAAUCCUCCAGAAAGCCCGGUGCCGGUGCGGCUUCUUGGUGGGAGAACUAGUGAAGAAGGUCGAUUGCAGGUGAGGAUAGGCAGAAAAUGGGGUACAGUUUGUAACUAUGGAUGGACCAUGAUUGAUGCAGCUUUAGUAUGUCACCAACUUGGUCUGGUGCUGAAUCCUGAUGACUGGUUUUUGGAGAGGUCGGAGAUCCCACAGGCAGGCACUUCUGAGCAAAUCAUUCUCAGUAAUGUGCAUUGCACAGAAGAUGAUAUUGACAUAACAAAUUGUCCUGCUGAAAGAGAAUAUGACUUUGAGAAUUCUUGUACUCACGAACAUGAUGUUGGUCUGCGUUGUCAUGAGUCAUCUUGGGCUGGAGUGCGAUUGGGAGUGCUUGCAGAACGGGCUGACCUUCAGUUCAUCACAGUGGAGAGAGCUGGGUUGCUGGAUUAUAGCACCAACACCUUUAAGCCUGCACUACAAGUUGAUUUCUCUCGACAUGCUUUGGAAAAUGUUCGAAUCGUGAAUAACCUACAGGAUGGGCUUGGUGUCUUGUAUUCAGAUCUGUACUCCUCAGGAGUUGCCAACACUGUAAAGAACAGCGAGUUUAGUAAUAACAGGGGAAAUGGAAUCAGUUUUAAGCAGCUUGGGUUAAAAAUAUCAGGAUCAUCACUUGAGAACAACAAGAAAGCAGGCAUCCACCACAACCCUACACUGACAGCUUAUCAACAGCGAGAACUGUCAGGCUGGUUCAAGUUUCCAGAAGACCAAAAUAUCCAGUACUCUUCAUAUAAACCAAUCCUCAUUCCACAGUAUUACACUGAUAUACACCUUGAAGUAGGCGAGACUAAGUAUUUCCUCACGCAGAGAGUUGGUUCUGAUCCAAUUGACAGGCACUUCAAUAUUUAUUGCCAGCCAGGGUAUGUGAUUGGAAUCCAGCUGUUGAAUCCAAUUCACAACCGCAGCACUGAAGAUAUAGUGAUAUACAAUGCUCGAACUGUGAACAGUUCAGCAUAUGCCUGGAGUCUGCGACGAGAUCUUGCAGUGUUCCCAACAAUCAGCAGCUCGUAUGGAGUUUUGAUGCAGUAUCGUAGCGGUAGCAAUGCACUUGGUGGAGCUGUGAUGGCUGUAUCGACUGUGCUAGCUCCAGUUCAAGACAUCAAGAAUCGUAUAGUGGGAGGUCCAAUACCAACACUUACAGUCACAAACUCCAGAAUCAAAGGCAAUAAACAAGGCAUCAGAGCUUCCUUCUAUAAUAGGUAUUUAAAUGAGAUCGGUGAACAUUUCUUGCGCAAGUCAAAUGAAUCUAUACAAUUGUUUGGCUGUGAUAUUUCAUAUAACACAGAGGAGGCCAUUUUUGUUCAUUCCCCUUUCUGGGAUGUCUAUCAUUCAAAUAUAUCAGAGAUAACAGUAAUGAUUAACAAUUCCCUCAUUACUGACAAUGGAAGGGGGAUAUUUCAUUUCAGCAGGGAUCUUCGUAGCUCAAACAACUUAUUUCAUUGGAUCCUCCAAGCUAAUUCAAUUGAGCGGAAUAAAGGUGGCGGAUUUGAUGUGUCGCUCCCUUAUGUGUGGCAAUACAAUGAAAACUUUACACAUUCCCUCUACAUAAAGAAUAACACAUGGAGGAACAAUAAACAGUUUGGAUUUGUGGUGGAUGGACAUUUUGCACAGCUCAACUUAACACAUAACAUGUUUGAAGACAAUCAGUGCAAGAGUGGUCUUGUAUCCAUCAGAGGGAUGGAAAAACGCAUGAGGAUAGCUUACAAUCGUAUCCUAAGGAAUACUGGCAUAUAUAUGGUUGAAUUUAGAGCAGACAGUCAGUCUGAAAUCCUUGGUGAAGUGGAUGCAAGGUUCUAUGAGAAUGAAGUUAAAGACAACCACUUUAGUGCUGGUCUCAACAGAGGCUUCCAUCAGGUUUACAGUACGCCAUCAUGUGUUAUUGGCUUUCAUGGAAUUCAGAAGGUGAAUGUGAACCGUAACCUGUUUGGAAAUAAUGGCUUGGAUUAUGAAUUGAUAGCAGGGAUACGGACUGCUAAACUUAACACUGCCAUCAAUGUUGCGGAGAACUGGUGGGGUUCUGGUAAUGUCAGUGACAUCAAGAAGAAAAUAUUUGAUUUUGAUGACUGGAACAACCAUGCUAUAGCUACAUUCAGGCCAUAUCUGAUAGAAGAUGCAUUCGAUUCUUCCAUGUCAGUGUCAUGGGAGGAGCCCAUGAUCAUUGACCAAGAUAAUCUUGGUGGGCGUCUCAAGGAGUCACUGACUCUCUAUGAACGUAGCAGUCCGUACAUCAUUCGUUCUGACAUCACUGUUAUGCCUGGGGCGACCUUAACAAUAAGACCUGGGGUUGUGAUGGAGUUUGCUCCAAAUGUUGGCAUCCUAGUGCUGGGAGUGUUGAAGGCACAGGGGGUACGGGGCCAAGAGAUAAUAAUGCAUCCUAUAACAUCAAGUGCAUCUCUAGAAGACAACAAGGUUAUACAUCGCAGACAUGCAUUGCCAUUUGAACCUGUUAGUGAAUCAGUUCGUCUCUGCACUGGCAGAAAUUGCACAACACAGUCUGACUCUUAUGAUCAUGAAUUUGGAUCUAGAGUAAUUAACAAAGGUUUUCUUGAAUAUUACAACCAUACAACAUUGCAGUGGGUACCGCUGUGUGAUGAUCGCUUUACUGAACGCAAUGCUCAAGUUGUAUGUCGAGAACUCGGUUUUGAUUCACUUAAUGUUUACAUGGAUCAUGGUACAAGAGUGGAAUAUCAUCCGAACUCCUUGUCUCGGAUAUGGUCUUGGCCUGAACCAUUUCAAUGCACAGGUGAUGAAUCAAGGUUGGAAGACUGUCCAGUCCGUCUCAAUGGACAGCUGUAUGGCCACAGACAUAGGUGUGAGUGGGACAGCAAAUUUGUAUUUGUACACUGUGGUGAGAGAAAUCUGCCUGCAGGACAAGAUUACUGGGGAGGGAUCAGGUUUGCUGAUGGGGAAUUUGAACAGAAUUUGUAUGAACAUCGUAUCCAUGAUGUAGUGACCCACCAGACAGCUCAUCGGGUAGAGUCUGUGAUUGAAUAUGUUAAUGUGACAGGAGCCGGAAUUCUUCAUAAUGAAAAGUCUCCAGCUGUUCAAAUCAUUUCCCGUUCACCAGCUAUCUCCAAUAUGAACAUCACAUUGUGUGCUUCUGAUGGUAUCAACCUCAUCUCACCACUGGACAACACAUGCCUUCAGUUCAAUAGCAUUGAAUCCACUCUGGGCGUCGGGAUCUCAGCUGUAUCUCUCACUGGUGAGGGACGAGAGUCCAGUGAGAGUUCCUUCACCCCACUGCAAGAGAUUCACAUUCCCUACCAUAUAUUUAGUAUGAUUGACAUCUGUGACACAACCAAACUGAUCACUCUGGAGGAACGUGUACUAAUCUAUUACAAAUAUGACAACAGUCCUGUCAACUGCAUUAAGAUCUUCAACAGUGUUUACCACACGAAACCAUUUGGUUUCAGGCUUCUGCAGUUCAACCUGUUCAACUCCACUAAGAAGCCAGGAAAGCCAGACAGUAUCACACUGUAUGAUGGAGACAUUUACAAUGUAACCAGUAAGAUAAUUGCCAAUAUCGAUGUUGAGAGUCAUAAUGAAAGGCGACUGUUCCGCACAAAAGGGCCAAGUCUCAGUGUGAAGCUGUUUGCAACUGGAGCCAGCAGCUACCAUGGCUUCAUUGCUGAGAUUGUCACACUUCCAAUCUCAGCCAUUGGGUUUAAUCGUGAUGUGCAGCACAACAUCUCAUACUCCCUGUUAGCAAAUAAUCAACAGGGUGCAAUCAACUAUGCAAGUGCAGGAGAAGUUAAUCCAACUGUGACAAUGGAGUGGAACCAGUUUAAAAACAACUGCAGGAAACUCUAUGGAAACUUUACCACUUGCCACGCAGCUAUUGAUAUGGACAUUCAGAACACUCAGAGCGUGUACUUCAGGAACAAUUUGGUUUGGGGCAAUGAGGGAGGAUUGUCCAUACAUGCGGACUCUGGUGGCUCAGCUACAGCACUUAAAGGCUGGAUUCAUAACAACUUGUUCACCAGCAACAGAAACAAUCCUGCUCUUUAUGUGGAAGGUAGACAAAGCAGCCCUUAUCAGGAAGUCACAGUUUAUAGAAACUACUUCACCAAGAAUGUCUCUCCAUAUAAGAAUGUCAUCAUUCUGAAACAGGUUGUGUCUAACUUCUCAUACAAUUAUGUACAUGACAACUGGGGUUACCACAUUCUGGAGGUGUCUGGAUUUGAGAAAGUGCGACUACCUAUUUACCAGACCACUUCACACAAUGGCUUUUACAAGAAUUAUGCACUGCAUCGAGAGUCACGUGGGACUGUUGUGGCAGGAACGGCAGGACAACAGUUUGUUGACAAUGUUUUCUUCAAUCCUGACAAUGAUUACGAGAUUGUUACUGUCAACAGAUCGUUUGCAGGUAUAAAUAGCAGUCACGAUGUGUGGAAGACCCCAAUUGAUGCAAAGCACAACUGGUGGGGGUACAACGAGACCCUUGCUGUGAUGGGUCGUAUAUGUGAUCACAGUGAUGAGCCAGAUUUGUUGGAGGUGGACUUCAGACCAUUCCAUAUGAAUAAUAGAAGCAUCUUGAAUGGAAAGUGUCCACCUGGAUGGAGUCAAGUUGGAGACACCUGUUAUAUUUACAUUGGGGCUCCCAUGGGAUUUGAAGAUGCUCGCUCAUUCUGUCGGUCUGUCAAUGCAUCAAUGCCAUAUGUGAUGAGCAACUACCUACGACUCUACCAAUUUCUGCGACACCAGCAGCAGAAUUAUCAAUACUAUGAUCGUGUUUGGGUUCAGCACAUUGAUAUGAUUCAUAGCUGCACAGUGUUCACCUACCAGACUGUCGAAGUUGAUAACUGUCAGAGGCUUAGUCCCUUCCUCUGUGAGAUCGAUCCCAAGGUUCUCAUUGAUCCUCUUAGCUGGAGGGAUGAUGUUGUGACUGUUGCUGUGCUGGGGACAGUUGGAGGUGCUCUUCUGUUGGUAGCAUUAGCUGCUGGUUUCUGGUACAGUAAAUCACGCCAUCGCCACCUGGAGCGUCUUGAACGACGAAAUUCAAUUCGUCAGUCACUGCACUCAAUUCGUUCAGUUGGGUUGGCAUCUAAUCAUGGUGGAUUUACAGAUAUUGGAAUCAGAAGGAAACCAACUUCUAGCCAGCGGUCCAGCCCUACUCUUGCAAAGGGACCAGAUUACAAGAAAAUGAUGAAUGGCAGCUUUGAUUCAAUGGAUAAAUCCCAGUUUAACUCAUCAGCUGAAGAUAGCCACAGCUAUGAUAUAUAUGAGGCUCACAAUCCCAAUGCUGCAGCUCAAAACUUCAAUGGUUAUGCGUCCAACUUCCCCGCCAAACCUACUAGUGAAGCUUUGAAUCCCAGUUUUGACCUUGCAUACAGGAAUGAAGGUUUCAGGGAUACUUCAACUUUUUCUUCAUCUCAUGACAACUGGCAGCCUUCAGCAACUAUAAGUGAAUACAAUGACGAUGACAACACAACAGGUCCUGAUGACAUUCAUAAUUCGUCAACUCUUCCGCUGGAUGCUAGCCUGGCUAUGGCUGAUUUCACUUUCAAUGUGAAGCAAGGAUCAGAUUACAGUGGCCAAGCAGGAUAUCAGCCACAGGAUACAAGUUACAGUGAACCACCAGAUCCACCACUACCAUUCGAUGAUAAUUUCCACCCUGAAGGGGAGUUCCCAUUACUGCCACCAGAGCCACCUGCUCACUUUCCUUUUGACUAUGAUACAGGGAGGACCAGCCUUUUGGAAACUGAUAUAGACAGUGAACCAAUAGAAAGACCUAAAAGUGAGGCAAUACUUGAGACUAAUUUAGAUGAACAGCCUGUGCCUGUCCGUUCAAAGAGUGAAGUUAUGCUAGAAACCAACUUAGAUGACUAUGCCCCCCUUCAGGGAUCUCCAUCAUUUAAUAGAAGCAAAAGCCAGCCAUUGGAGACUGCAAUGUAAGAUUUAGGAAACUAUUAAGUGAUCCAGUGAAGACUCGAAACCUGGUGCCAGCCAGUUUCAUUAUAAAAAUGUAUAGUUAUAUUAAGAUUUCAAAGUCUUUAAACAAAGACAAAUUUAUGCCCCUACCUGAUCAUUAAAUAUAGCAUGAACAAAAAUCUCACAGUUAAAAACGUUAUCCAUUAUAGUCUACCUAUUUGGAUAUAAAUGUUCAAGCAACCGUUGUCUGUUUGAACCUAUGCAAAAAUAAAUUUGGUAUUAAAGGACUGAGAUAUGAAUGGGUUUUCAGCAUAUAUUAUAUUCCUUGUUUAGGAAGUCACUGAACGUUAGUUAGUCACAAAAUUUCACCUUUUCCACCAGAUUGUUUAUGUCAUAACAGGAAUGAGAAAAAUGUUACUGAAUUACUUACAUGGCAAAAAAAAUUAUUUUGUUUAUUUAAUGUGUCCUCAGCUACUCUGAACGGAUGGCUGACUGUGCAUGAUGGAUCAGAAAGAAGUGGUAAGAUGAAUUGUAGCAUUUUCCUGUAGGACUGAGGUGACUAAUGUAAAUAAAUUUAGCCUAAAUAGCCAAACUUUGGCUGAGAAUUUAACCCAGAACCCCUGAAUACAAAGUAGGAGUCCUAUCAAUCCAGCAAUGACUCACACUAAUGAUGACAGGACUUCAAAGAAUAGUAAAGUCUUUUGAUGACAAAGUGUUAGCACAAAAAAAAAACCUUGAGGGAAUAAUGUGAUUAGAAUCUAAUUACAUCUACUAAUAUGGUGGGACUAGCCAUUAAAAUGCGAUAUUUGUCGUCUAGACUCACAGUGAUGCAUGUAUGUAGCACUAUCUAGGGUAUGAAUCUUUGUAUGUGAUUUUAAACCUGUUAACUAUCAUAUUUCUCCCACUUUGAGGGCUGUACCAUGGGGGUGUUCCUGCUUUUUAGUAUUGUAACGUGUUUCGUUACUGAAUAUGCCAUAGAGAUCGUUAACUGGUUUAUUGAACAAUCUACAAAUAACG